AUGGCACUGUGAUUACGCCUCACUACCGUCGUAUCAUCUUGCUGCAUGUCCUCCCGCUUACUGUACGCCCGGAUUUGCCCUUUAUGAAACACACAUGUUGCUCUAGUAUGAGGCUGUGGAGUUCCAUCUGACAUCAUACGGAAAUAGGCUCUCACUCAUCCUACAGGUAUUGGACGCCUCAUUUCUCUAUCUUUCGGUGUACUUGGAGAGCCUUUUUCACCUCUCACCGAGGUAAAUCCUACGUAGGACCGAUCUUACUUAGACCAAGGAUUUAUAGUCUUACGCUCCAACUAGGCAUAGUUCCGAACUAAAUAGUUCGAAUCGUUUGACGUAUAGUCACAUCAAGCCGCAGAAAGUCCUCUUCCCAAAAGAAGAAACAAGAGGAGAGAGGCACUCUAAAAUACCACAAUCAUGUCCUCCACAGAUGAGGUUUUCCCCUACCAUCUGGCUGACAAUAAUUCUCUCAAACACCCCCUUUCCACUCGAGACACCAGCGGUAUUCUCCAAUCCCAAUGGAAGAACCCCAAUGAUAUCCUAUCUCUACUGCUGAUUCUGGGACCUGACGUCGUAUGGCGUGCUCUCGCUCAGCUAGCUGGGGAGACUAUCACCCCGGUAGUAUUCUCGUACGGAUGGGUAGCCUAUGCAGUGAAUACUCUUGUUGCAGCUUUCGGAGAUGGCCAAAUGCUGCCCCAGCCAGAUUACCCAGUCUUGGUAAUCGGCGCGAAGAGCGGCCAUGUCAGGACGAACCAGUCAUGGAUCAUCGGCAGGCUUCUACGUGACUUCGAUCAUUCACAAGCCAAGGCGGCACCAAAUUUGAAUAAAUUUGCUCCCGAUUACGAAGCCCUGCGUGUAACCAUAUUCCAAGUCGAUCGUCGGCGAAAAGCAGGCGUGCCCACGCGGGACUGGCUCUGGUAUAGCGGUUUCGCUGUCAUGCUGGCCCAAAUCGGCAUCUCGGUAAUUCCACUAGCUAUUGAAGGCGACUGGGCGCCAAUAUUGGUCGCAGUUUCAGGCACAACACUGUCGCUUCUCCAAGGCGCCGUCUCCCAGUGGCGCGAGGAGAAAUGGGCUUGCCCGACAACCGGCGGGUGGACGACGAGCUUGACCCGGGGAAACGGUAGCCGAAAUGUCAUGGUGAUCCUAGGAAACAACCAUGGCCUAGACCUAGAAAUCCUCGCGGGGAAGAGCUGGAAACCGAAGUCUUCCAUACCAGCUCGAGCCUUUCUGUUCCUGCUAGCCCUUUUCUGGCUUGUUCUGUUGAUAUCAGUUUCGGGUCUCAGAGCGAACGCAUGGUAUCUUCUAACCGUGGGUUUGAUCGGUAUGAUCCACAACUUGGUCGUCGCCGGAGCACCCAGAGAUCCGAGUACCCUCGGGAUCCAUCUGAACCAAAUUGAUAUCAUUGCAGACUCGAAGGUUAGCAAAGUAUUGCAGAAAACGGAGGACCGAUAUCCUCUCGUGGGGUCAUCCUUGAUUUCCGUGUUUUUCCCCGGUGGUAUGCGCGUCAAUAAUGACGAGAAAGAAUUCUGGAGCAAAGCUGAAAGCGUACGCCAAAACCAAGGACUAGCAAAACUUGCAGUCAAGCUGGAUUGAUUUUCUAGAUUACUCAAGCCAUUGAUCUGAACAGACGUGAGAUUUGGCGGUUUAGUGGAUAAGAGUUGCCGAUUUCAUGAUUUUAAACUUGAUUGUUGAGUUUGAAGGUGCCAUUGUCACGAUAAUCGGGAACUCUACUCUGGUAGCCCAAUAGUGUAAUUGUCAUGAUAAACCGAAAUCUGGACCUAUCAAAUCGAACAACAACACAAAAGGAGGGUUGGAUUCUUGAUGGUG